AUGCGUAAUUUUAUGUGCCACGAACAUUUGAAAAUCGAUUUUCCGCAGCAAAUCACUUUCAUUACGGGACCAAACGGAGGCGGUAAAAGUGCCAUUCUAACCGCAUUGCAAGUGGCAUUUUGUAUUCGUGCUAAUAGCACUGGUAGAGCGAGUCGAUACGACCAAUUAAUUCGAAAAGGGAGUAAUUCGCCUGCGAAAAUAUGUGUGGAAUUAAAUAACAAAGGAAACGGUGCUUACAAACCUUCAGAGUUCGGAGAUGUUAUUUUCAUCGAGCGAGUUAUAAGUACGGCGUCGAUUACUACCCGAGUCUUAAACCAAUCUCGGAACGUUAUAUCAACACGUAAAAAGGAUGUGAUGGACAUGCUACGGCAAUUCAAUAUAAAAAUCGACAACCCUCUCGUGUUCAUGGAGCAAACCACAAUGAAGCAAUUCAUUCAAGGAGACGAGAAGGGAAAGUACGAAAUCCUUAUGCAAGCCAUGAAUUUCAAAUCGCUCCAGCAAUACUUCGACACGACGGACAAGCGACUAUUCUCGAUGAACGAAAAAUUGAAAAUGUGCAAAGAGGUGGAGCUGAAGAAGAAGAGACAUGAGGUCGAAGAGGUGAAGGAGAGCCUGGAGAUGGUGAAAGGUCUGAAAGACAAGGAAGCGAAGCUAAACGAGCUGCGUCGACGUGAAGUCUGGGCAGAGAUUCAGCUCAGAGAAGCGGAGAUUCUGGGUUUGAAUGAAGAGAUGAAUUCGAUGGACUCGGGCAUACAAGAAAUGAGCAACAAAAUCGACCGCGAUACGAAGCUGUUAGAGGAAGCAAUCGCGUCGAACGAGGAGAAAACGAGCGAAAUCGCUGCGUUGAGGCAGGAAUUGGAGAUUCAAAAAGAGCAGAAAGAUGAGAUUAUGCGCGAAGUGGACGAAUCAAUGCAACCUUUGGAAGGAGCUCAGAUCAAACGCGAGCGACUGCAACGCGAAUUGAUGGUGUUGAAGAAGCAGGUCGAGUCGAACCGACAGAACAUUCUGCGAUUGACGGAAAGCAUGGCGAAGCUGAUGGACAGCGAGAACGAAAAGAAGGAAAUCGAGCAGCUCCAUCACGAUUUGAAGAGCUUCGAAGACCAGCUGCAAACGCUUUCCGACCAAACCAUCGCCGUCGAAGCGAAGCGCCAGAAAAUCAGCGUGGAGAUCGCGUCAUCGCAACCGUAUCACGAGACGAUUCGACAAGGAUUGAAUGAAGUGAGAGAAGAUUUGAAUGCGCUGAAUGCUCGAAAGAAGGAGUUGACGGACAUGUCCAACCCACUCACAAAAUAUGGAAACUUGGUCGCCACUCUUCAAGACUUAAUCAGCCGAGCCUCGUGGGAUUCACCCGUUUUUUACCCCGCUGGGGAGUUCUUUUCGGUCCGAAAGGGCUUUGAGAAGUGGCGCGACGCGGUUGAGAUUUAUUUGAACUCCUUUCCGUUGAGCGCCAUUGUGAAUAUUGCGAGUCGUCGAGACCGCGAGGGCGUCAUUUCGCUGGCAUAUCGCCACGGAAUUUCCGAUUUAAACGUGAUUUCCAUCGAUUACGAAGGCGAUCUUCUAAUCAGGGAAGACCAGCUUCCAAUGACGGAAAAGCCGUCGAUUUUGGACGUGUUGGAGUUCAAAAACAACAUCGUGAGGAAAGCAGCGAUCGUCCAAACGCGACUCGAGCGCUGCAUUCUGUGCCACGAUUAUAAAGAAGUGCUGACACUGACGGGCGAUGGACCAACUCGAGCGAUGCCUCGGAAUGUGCAUUUGAUCGUUACGAUUGAGGGAGAUAUCCAUCGUGUGCGACGUGGAAAGCCGUCGCUGACGUCGAAUCGAAAGAAGCCGCAGGGUUUUUUAUCGCUGAAUACGGGGGAGGCGCUGCGGAUGAUUGGCGUUCAUAUCAGAGAAGCGAAGCAGAACGAGGAAGCGUGGAUCCAGAAGGAGCGAGCGUGGUACAACGAGAAUGGAAAACGCCAAGAAGCCAUGAUGGAAAUGAAGAAACAGUUGAGAGAAUUCGAUUCGAAGAAACGUCAAGUGUCGAAUCGGAUCCAGCAGAUUCAAGAUCGAUUGGACCGCAUCGCGCAGGAAGACGGCGAAGGCGAAUUGGCGUCCAUGCGAACGCAGCAGCAGCAAAUUGAGGAGGACAACGCAGAGAAAGAACAGAAAUUGGAGCGAGUUUCGAGCGAAAUCGAAGCGUUGGAUCAGCGAAUUGUGUCGCUGCAAAGCGCAGCGGAUGCAGUAAACGAUCGGUUUCAAGACAUGCGGAAGAAAGUGAGCGAAUUGGAGUCCAAAAUCUCGCGGAUUUCGCAGACAGCUUCCGUGGAUUCGCGGAAAAUCGAGUUGGAGAAUCGCGUGAAACUCACGAAGCAAGCGAAGCACAAGCUGGAAGAAAAGCGCGAAAACUUGGCGAGGCAAAUCGAAGCGAAGAAGGAGGAAGUGAGGAGCAGCGUGGCGUUGCUGGGCGAAGACACGCGAGUGCGAGAGAAGCUUUCGGUGCAGCGCUGUAGGAAGGAAGUGGAGCUGUUCGAAGAGAAUUUGCGAAGGGAGAGGGAGCAGAUGGGCGUUCAGAGCAAUGCGGAGAUCGAAGCGAAGUACGAAGCGAAGAAGAAGGAAUUCGACGAGCUUCAAGCCAAGUACAAAGCGAUUAAACGCGAAGGAACGCGCAUUGAGGAGCUGGGAAAGCGGCAGAAACUCACAUACGAGGAGCUGCGAAACGAAUCCCAGCAGCAAAUCUGCAAGCGAUUCACGCGGUUUUUGUCCCAGCGGAAAGCGGAGGGAAGUGUGGCGAUCGAUCACUCGCGUCAUACGGUUUCGCUGUCUGUGCGAAUGGACUCGACGAGCCAGAUCGAAUCGAGUCAAGUGCAGAAUAUCAAAGUGUUGUCUGGAGGAGAGAAGUCGUUUGUCACGCUCUCGUUGAUAAUGGCGACGGCUCACAUCAUCGAAUCGCCGUUCUUUAUAAUGGAUGAGUUCGAUGUGUUUAUGGAUGAGGCAAAUCGAGUGAUUUCUCUGCAUUCGAUAAUAGAGACGGCUCGGCAGGAGAAGAAGCAGUUUAUUUUCAUUACACCGCAUAAUCUCGAGACGGUGAUUCGGGAGAUGAAUAAAUCCAAAGAAGUAAAAGACAUUGCAAUAUAUAAAAUGAAUGAUCCUCAACAAGGUCGCACGUUUUGA